UUACAUUAAAUUGGAGAGAAACUCUACAGUCACACAAACAAAUCUGACAUGCAAAUACUCUCCACUCAAGCAACACUCCCCGGAAAGAUGCAAACGUCAUCCUCUCGUCCCUCCAUACCUCAGACCUCACGGAGCCUCCCCAGCAGCAGUGUGUGUGAGGUGGAGGUGAAGCAUGGAUCUGUCUGCUGCUGUGUUUCUUUCCUUAGGCUGGCUGAUGCUGCAGUCCGCUGAUGGGGAACUGGAUUACACCUCUCAGGGUCACGGGAUGCAGCUGAAGGGCGACUUCUCCAUCGCUGGCCUCUUCCCUCUCCACUACACAGAUGGACCGAGCGCUGGUUUGCCUGCUUUGCGCCGAUGCAACGAAGGUACACCCAACAAACAUGGAUAUUACCUACUGCAAGGCAUGAGAUUUGCUGUGGAAGAAAUCAACAACAGCACCGGACCGCAGCCUCUUUUACCAGGGGUGAAGCUGGGCUACCAGCUGUAUGACGCAUGCUCAGAACCAGCCAGCAUCCUGGUCACGCUGGACCUGCUGAAGCAGCUGUAUCAGAGCCCCUCUAAAUCUGAGACGGAGGGAGACACAAACUACAACAACAGUCGAGAUGCUGUGGCUGUGAUUGGGCCAGACAGCAGCAGCAAAACUUUCACCCCCGCUGCUUUACUGGGAGCCCAUCUUAUACCACAUAUAUCUUAUGAAGCGUCAAAUGAAAAGCUGAGCAACAAGUUCCUCUAUCCAUCCUUUUUCCGCACAAUUCCCAGCGACAAGAACCAGGUGGCAGCUAUGAUCCGGCUUCUGGUUCAUUUCAACUGGACCUGGGUCGCUAUCUUAGGCAGUGACAACGCCUAUGGCCUGGAGGGCAUGAAGAGCCUGUCCAAACAAGCCCCAAACCACGGCAUCUGCAUCGCCUACCAGGGAAUCAUCCCUGCGUACAGAGAUGACACAAUCCAGACCAUGAGAAGCAUGGUGGGAAGCUUACUGACGACCAAAGUCAACACCAUCGUGGUCUUCUCCAGCAAAUCAAAACUCAAGGGCUUCUUCCCGUUUGUCGUUGAGCGAAACGUGACAGGUAAGGUGUGGAUUGGGACGGAGGACUGGUCAGCGUCUUCUCUCAUAUCAGGGAUAUCUGGGAUCCAGACCAUCGGCACUGUGCUCGGCGUAGCCGUUAAAUAUGCAGCCAUACCUGGUUUUGAGGAGUUUGAGAGGAAGGUAGAUGAGGCUUCAAUGCAACACAGUGACACCCAGGAAGUCUCUAAUGUGACCAAUGACUGUCUACAGAGCACAGACCUGUACAGCUUCUCCAGGAAGGAGUUUUCUCUGGAGAAAUAUGACAUCACCUCCUCCUUCAAUGUGUAUACGGGGGUGUAUAGUGUGGCUCAUGCACUGCACCAAGCACUUGGUUGUGAUUCUGGAGAGUGCCAAAGGAGGAGGGUGUAUCCAUGGGAGCUGCUCCUGUGGCUUAAGAAGGUGCGAUUCACUCUGGGCAAUACCUCGGUGUACUUCGACAUGAAUGGUGACCCGCCCACAGGAUAUGACAUCAUUUGCUGGGUUUGGAAGGGGACUGACUGGUCACUCAGGGAGGUGGGCUCCUUCAUCCCAGAUCCCAUUACGCUCAUAGUUGAUGCUGAUCUAAUUGAGUGGCAUGACAUGGGAGAUUCAAGAUCGGUGCCGCUGUCCAUCUGCUCUCCACCUUGCCCGAGGGGCCACAAGAAGGUGCUGACAGGGCCUCACUCAUGCUGCUUCGACUGCCAGGCCUGCCCCUCUGCUACAUUUCUCAAUACAAGUGAAUCCACUACAUGCCAGCCGUGUCUCCCGGAGGAGUGGGCUCCCCCGAACAGCGAGAAGUGUCUGGACAGGACCGUCCUGCUUCUCCUCUGGGACGCCCCCCUCGCCAUCGCCCUGCUCUUCUUUCUGGCCACCUGUCUCCUCAUGACUUCCAGCGCCGCAAUAAUCCUCCUGCUAAACCUGAACACGCCUGUGGCCAAGUCUGCUGGAGGCCGCACCUGCCUCCUGAUGCUGGCAGCCCUCACUGCCACUGCCAUGAGCUCUUUGUGCCAUUUUGGCCAGCCGUCUCCUCUGGCCUGCAUCCUCAAGCAGCCUCUAUUCAAUUUCAGCUUCACUGUGUGCCUGUCCUGCAUCACCAUGCGCUCCUUCCAGGUCGUCUACAUUUUUAAAUUUGCAUCCAAGCUGCCACUAGCCUUUGACAAGUGGGCCAAAAACCAUGGGCCAGAGUUUACCAUUUUCCUGGUGUCCGUCACCAUCUUGCUAAUUUCUGUUAUCCGUGUGGCCAUCAACACCCCCCAGCCGUCCAAGGAUCUGAACUUCUACAAGGACAGCAUUGUGUUGGAGUGCAGUAACACGCUCUCACUUGGGGCAGCCAUUGAGCUCGCUUAUGUGUCACUGCUCAGCUUUCUCUGCUUCUCUUUCAGCUACAUGGGCAAAGACCUGCCAGCCAACUACAAUGAGGCCAAGAGUGUGACCUUCAGCCUCAUGGUGUACAUGAUGUCUUGGAUGAGCUUCUUCACCCUCUACCUCAUCAGCAGAAACCAGUUUACCAUGGCCGCUAAUGUGUUCGCCAUUCUCUUCAGCGUCCUCGCCUUCCUCACGGGCUACUUUCUUCCCAAAAUCUAUAUUAUUGCCCUUCGACCCCAAAUGAACACCAUUGCCCAUUUCCAGAACUGUAUUCAAAUGUACAACAUGAACAAGCAAUGAAGCUUGUAAUUAUUUCAGUUGAUGAAAAGUAGUUGAAUUGUACGAUGAGGGAACACGGGUAGUACAAUAUUUGGAACUACACUGGUUGAGUGUCACUUUUUAAGUAUUUCACAACCAAGUUUAAAACGUUAAUUGUAUCAAACAAUUGUAUUAGAUCGGUCUCAGUAGGGUCAAAUUAAAUAAACACGAUCUUUGUGUCUGUAUACAUUUGUAAAAUCCAUUUUAACUUAUCAUGGAGCUAUUAGUACUAAUUAAUGACACUUACCAAGAAAACCAUUUAAAUUUCUGAAGACUAAAUUUAUUUUUAUGAAGUUGUUAUGGAUCUCUGCUAUAUUUCUAUGGAGAAAAUAUUCUUCCAAGAUCCUUCAAACAAAAACCCCUACCUCACAUCGAUGACAUGUUCAGGUAAAAUGUGACACUUUCGUCACAUUAUUUUAAUACUCAGCAUUUACUAAAGAUGUCUGUAUUAUGACAGGGUGCCACACAUUGUAGCUCUGGUAGCCUGUUAACAUGCUGGUGUCAUUCUUCCAUUUUAGCUACAUUUUCUGUCAUAUUUUUCUAACUGGAUUUAGGUAA